AUGGAAGGCCACGUGGGGCAAAACUAUCUUUUUGGCCCAAAAACCCUAAGCCCCUCUCCCUCUUUUGCUGCUGCUGCUGCCACCACUGUCGCCAUCCUGCCGGCGGUGGGUUGUGCGACGGAGGGCGGGGUCGCUGCCCUCGCCUGCAAGCGGCACGGCCGCUGGCUGCACUGGCCCUGCAGUUGGGCGCCCCCGCGGGCGCUGCCGCUUCCGCGGGCGGGCGCCGCCCCCUCCGCGGGCGAUUCUGCCUCGCCAAGCGGCCGCCCUUGCGAGGUUUUUGCCCGCGGGAGCAGCGGCCACAAGCGUCGCUGCCCUGCGGCGCAUCACCAAGCUAGAGUAGUGGCCGCAGGCAUAGUGCCCGCGCAGGUGGCCGCCGUGCCUGCGGCCCUACUUGCGGGCGCCGCCAUAGGGGGCUGCUUGCACGCACGCGGCCUUGCGGCUGUUGCUGCAGGCUGGAUGCCUGCACGCAGUUGGCAGUGGUGCCAUCUGCGACGGUAG